AUGGCCGACACAACAACACCUCUCCGCAGCUCCCAGACAGCUCACAGCUACUACGCAAGCUUCCCGGAUCACCUAGAUCUGGCGAAUAAAUUUUUGAAUAUUGACGAGGAGGUUGGCUUCAAUCAUUGCUUGCAACAGCUUCAGCAAGCGAAAACUCGCAACUUUGUACUGGAUUUCGGUAACGAUGACGCCUGGUGUGCUGUGAACCUUGAACACGACGACUUCGCUGCUCUUCUGAGCAAGCCUAAACCGAAAUGUUUUGGUACGAGGUGGAUUAACAUAUGGGUUCAGGAGGAGCAAAAGGACUCAAUAAGAACAAUCACAAGCCCAUUUGGCAUUUCGGAGAGACUCCAAGCAAUGAUGUGUACAGACCCGGUCAAGCAACGCCAAAAGGAGCCCAGUCACUCUCCCAAGGAACCCAUUUCUCGAUAUCACUCCAGAAAUUCGGAGAGAUCUCGGCCCCCAAAGACAACGGAUGAUCUUGAAGGAGGGUAUGAUCUGAGAGAAUUGUCGAAUCCGGAUAUGCUUGCCGGCGAUACUGCCUGGAAACACCUCACGUUCGCGCAAAUCACGAAUCAAAUUUGGCAUUUCUGUUCGGUGGACUACGGUUCAAAAUAUACUUGUAUCGGAUAUAACUCUCUCUACACAGUUCCAGGUCCUGCACACAACGGCAACGGCUUACCGGAUGGACAGAGGUUAUGGUCUUGGGUAAUCCUUUGCGAUGACGGAACGGUAAUUUCCAUCCAGGAAAACCCAUUCCCUGAAAUAGAAGACAACAAAUUGCCGGAAGCGGACACUCAACAGGCGGUACUCAAUAUUGUGCGCAGAAACGUUCGACUCAUCUUUUCUGGGGUAUCGAGGCUAGAUCGGACCACCUCUGAAAGCGCCUCGCUGGUGACCAUUCGAGUAAGACCAUUUAGCGAUGAUGGACCAGACCAGGCAGGGAUCAAACAAGACGAUGGGCCCUCCUUAUUAUUCUACUAUAUCUUCGAUGACUGGGUAUCAAGCUAUGGGUUGAUUGCCAAGCGAGAGCACAAGUACGACACUUGGCUGGACGAGUUGAGAGCGAACAUGCUGAAACGGCCUGACGUCGACCUGGUGGACGAGCUGCACUGGUUGGGCAGAAGGCUUGCAGUUCUGAAGCGGCUGUAUCAGAGCUACGACCUUAUCAUGACCCGAAUCUUGCAGCGACAAAGACUGCUGCGUGAUGAAGCACGCUCGAAUCAUAAGAGUCUCCAUACAGUGAAUACCUUGAGUGAGAGCAACUUCACCGAAGUUAACGAGUCCCUCACGCAAAGCCAGCUCGGUGCGGCCAAUACAUACGAUAGCCCUGCGGGGGUCACACUGGGCUCUGCUGCAAUAGGGCGUUUUGAGCGGCUUGUGGACCGGAUCAAUCUAUACUGUCUCUGUGAGAUUGAUGCCUGCUUAACGGAGAAGGAGUCGCUCACAUUCUUGAACUUCAAUCUUAUCGCCCUGAAAGACUCCCAAGCUGUGGAGAAAUUGACGAGGAUCACGAUCUUGCUGGCCAAGGCUACCAUCUUAUUCCUGCCGGUGAGUCUCAUGACUGCAUAUUUCUCGACCCAGAUCGACGACCUGCAAGGCGUCUACACUAAGAACGACUACUGGGUCGCCUUUGGGGUGAUCAUGUUUCUCUCUAUUGCUCUUCUUGUCAUCUUCGGCCUUGCGAGCGAUACCGUCGAGGGCAAGACAAUCUAUCGAUCGCUUGUCCGGACCUUCUUCCGCUCCUCGCGAGAAAGACUGUUAGCGCAGCGACAAGCACAAUUCAAACAACGAUGA